CGGAAAAUGAUCGCUCCCCUGUCCAGACACUUCAAGAUACUGAAAAAAUGGACUUGACCAACAGCAUCGAGUUUAGUAGUGGUGAAGGGAAGUCACUCUUGAUCACAGGCCAUGAUGAUAAAAAAGUAAGGGUCUGGGACUAUGACAGAGGAGUUUGCAUAGCCAGACUGGAAGGACACAAGGAUUGGGUCUAUUCUGUGUUUUUCCAUCCACACUUGCCCUACAUCUUCAGUGCAUCAGACAGUGGAGAAGUUAGAGUUUGGAGGCAAUCAAACUAUGAGCUGGUGUCAUCGUUUCCGCUUGGAGUCCAACGUCUGUGGAGCAUGGCUCCUUGCAAAGACUCUAACAAGCUUGUGCUUGGAGCUGACGGACAGUUUCAGGUUCUUGAGGUUAACAUCAGAGAGAACCGCAUUCCAUCGCAAGAACUGAUUCAGAACAAGGAGAAGAAGGUUGAAGAGUUGGAAAGCGAGGUGGUUCGUAUCAAACUUGAGCUAACCAGGAAAAAAGAGGAAGAGGUGGAGGAGUUGAGACUCAAACAUAAGGAGGAACUUGAUGAGGUGAGAGCAGAUCACCGAGAGAAAGAGAGGACGCAAGCAAACUGGGUGAAGCAGUUGGAGGAUGAGGUAAGAGCUCUCAAGUCCAACAACACUUCAAUGACAGAGAGGCUUGCAAUGGCAGAAAGGAGGAAUCAAGAGCUCGAGUCGGAGAUGAAGUUCAAAUUUAAGAAAGAACUGGAUGAAGUGACGGAGGAUCUUCGGGAGAAAGAGAGAAUGCAAGCAAACAGGGCAAAGCAACUAGAGGAUGAGGUAAAAACUCUCAAGGCGUGGAGCAGAGUGAUGACACAGAGGCUUGGAAAGGCAAUGCAAGCGAACCGGGCAAAGCAGUUGGAGGAUGAGGUAAGAGCUCUCAAGUCCAAGAACACUUCAAUGGCAGAGAGGCUUGCAAUGGCAGAAAGGAGGAAUCAAGAGCUAGAGUCGGAGAUGGAGUUCAAAUUCAAGAAAGAACUGGAUGAAGUGACGGAGGAUCUUCGGGAGAAAGAGAGAAUGCAAGCAAACAGGGCAAAGCAACUAGAGGAUGAGGUAAAAACUCUGAAGACGUGGAGCAAAGUGAUGGCACAGAGGCUUGCAAAGGCAAAAGACAGAAACGCAGAGCUGAAGUCUGAGAGGGCAGAACUUGUGGAAAAGGUUCAGCACCUUCAUAGUGAGGUGAAAAACCUCAUAGUGCAAAAGGCAGCGGUUCUGCAGAACCUUUGAAAGUGUGAGAAAAGAGUUUAGGAGCAAGAGCUAGAAAGAACGGCACUGAUCAAAACUUUCAACAAAAUAAUAAAUGAACU